AUGGACUUCAUUCUUACAAGUCUUGACACCGCACUGAGCCCCGACAGCAAGCUGCUGGCUAUCAGCUCAAGUCAUCCCAGAGUUGGCAUCUUGAUCUACGAUGUCGCGACCAAAGAACUACGCCAAGCUCUUGAAGGCUGUGGUACAUUAGCCUUCAGACCUCUAGCGAGGCAACACCAACAAGACGCUGAGGGGAAACGUGCAACUGACAUUAGUGGGGAAAUACCAGCAUACACUCUCGUUAGCAGCUUCUCGUCGGGCGAGCCACGCUUCCAGCCACACACUGGACUUAUCCUGUGGGAGCUUGAUAGCAAUGGACGAUUAUUCGUCGAAGAAGAGCCUAUAGACCCUGCGGCCAUCGCCAUCAAGGCCAUCGACGCCAUCCUGCCUGAGCUAGAGGCUGAACACGAGUGGACACGAGCUUUUGUGGACGCUUCCAACCUACACGCCGAUUUCGUCAGGGCUUUGGAGAAUGCGUCAGCUGAUCAUCGCCGAAGAAACAACACAGUGGUCCAGAAUGCCGUGAUAUCCAGUUUUGUAAGCACGCCAUUCAGUAGCGACGGAGCUCUGCUGUUGUAUGCUAUCAACAACAAAUCCACGCAACACGGCAUGCGCGAGCCAAAUGCUCUUCCCCAGGUGGUCGUCUACGAUGUCGAUGUGGGGCGCGAGGUCCAUCGCCUCAGGGGACAUAGCGACCAAGUGACGUGGCUUGGCUCCAGCCCCGACGACCAACAUGUAGCAUCUGUGUCCUGGGAUGGAACACUGCGCAUGUACUCGACCGAGAAGGGAGAACUGGAAUGGGCGACGGCAGACUCGGGUGGUCAGAGCUGGGCUGGUGCCUUCUCACCAGACUCCAAGCACAUCGUUUGGAGUUCGCAUAGCGGAAAAGAGAUCGGAGUCCACAAAGUUGCCGAUGGAGAAGUCUUGUCCACCUUUCCCGAGAGCGUCACCCGAUGGUGCCGUUGCUUCUCGUGGCAUCCCACUAAACAACAGAUGGCUCUAUGCGCAGACAAGACGGUAUAUGUCUGGCAGCCAUUUGACGGUCCUGGGGGCGUCGUGGUGCAGCGUUGGGUCAUGGACGACGACGGUCAAUUUCCCCGCAUGGCUCAAAUACAGAAUGUUUCGUGGUUGGGUGAUGGAAGGCUUCUGUCUCUGACAACCUCUGAUAGGACGGUUCUAGUCUACGACACAUUGACGAACGCGAAGGAAGUCUUCAAGCGGCCGAAAGGCGCAGACGCUGCCUAUGUGAGGACGGGCUUCUAUGCGUUAGCCAAGGACGAGGAGAGGACGACGUAUCUCAGCAUUGAUGGGGAUGGCAAGGUUAGGUACUGGGACAGGAGCGUGGCGCCUUUGCCGGAUACACAAUCCGAACGAGAGAGCGCUGUGGAACGGUCGUGGUGGGAAAAUCGGGCAGAGGAUCCUAAGGCCUCUACUAGGAAGGGAGAGUAUGCGGCUGUGGUCAGUACAAUCAAGGAACAGGUCAUGGGCGCGAAGAGUGGGGAGGGAUCAGCCACGGCAGGCGAUGAAGAGAGGGAAGCGUGGGCGCAGAAGGGCACCGGUAUCUGGACCGCUGAGUAG